AUGCCCGGCUUCCAGGAUAUUGCGAUGCCCACCAGAGGCAUAAAGGAGAUCGCCCAGAGCAGCAAGCACGCGCGUAAGGCACUGCCAUUGGCCCGUGGGGUUGACCUCGCCGACAUCUGGUCCUUUGGGUGGUCCGGAAUCUUUGCGUGGCCGGAAAUCAUCUCGUCGGACAACGGGAGUCACUUUGCCAACGAGGGCUCGAAAACCCUGCUCGACCUGUACGGCACCAAGAUGAGAUUCGGACCUGCGUAUCAUCCUCAAACUUCAGGGCUGAUGGAGAGGAAUCCAGUUUCUGCGAGUAAUAUCCAGAUCAACACCUCUUGCUCCCUGCUUUCGCUCCGGCCAGGUCUCAAAGCCCAAGGUAUGGCGUCUGCUGGCUUCUCACCGGCACCAUAACUUGGGCUGCGCUGUCGCUCCUUCCGUUCUUAUUCUUGUAUAGGUAUAUUCUCCCUAUUCAGAUCCAUUAUCAGUAGCCGCGAUUUAGCUUCUUCUAGUACUGUUGUCCAGAUCAGCACCCCCAGA